UGGGCCAGCAUUGCAACGCAGAGGUUUUAUAACAGAAGCUGCACACACAAAGUCUAUUACACUUCAGCAUCUGCACACACAGGUUGGUCACCUGAAGAUCAAGAGGAUGGACGCAGCAUACAAAAGAGUCAAUGGAAACUCCGGGCAAGAGGCAGAGACAGAGGAGCCAGGCACAGGGCAAAGGAGAAGGGGCUCCAUGUACCUGGAGGAGGAGACCAACAAGAAGUCCGGAGUGAUCUCCUGCAUCUUCUCCCUGAAAGAGGAAGUUGGAGCUUUAGCCAAGGGCCUGCGACUCUUUGAGGAGAAUGGCAUCAAUCUGACGCACAUCGAGUCCCGUCCGUCGCGCAUGGACAAAGACCAGUACGAGUUCUUCAUCAGCGUGGACCCCACCUGCUCCCAGGCUCUGGAUGACGUCAUUGAAGGCCUGCGUACACAAAUCAGCGGCCAUGUGCAUGAGCUGUCACGCAACAAACAGAAGGACACAGUGCCAUGGUUCCCUAAUGACAUCCAGGACUUGGACCGCUUUGCCAACCAGAUCCUCAGUUACGGCUCCGAGCUAGAUUCUGAUCACCCGGGCUUCACAGAUCCAGUGUAUAGAGUCCGCAGGAAGGAGUUUGCUGACAUCGCCUACAACUACAGACAUGCCCAAAUCAUCCCUCAUGUGGAGUACACAGAGGAGGAAAAGGCCACAUGGGGGACGGUGUUCAAGGAGCUGAAGACUCUGUACCCGACUCACGCCUGCCGCGAACACAACCGCGUCUUCCCCCUGUUGGAGAAAUACUGUGGCUACAGGCAGGACAACAUCCCACAGCUGGAGGAAGUGUCCCGCUUCCUGCAGUCGUGCACAGGCUUCCGGCUUCGACCGGUGGCCGGCUUGCUCUCGUCCCGGGACUUCCUGGCUGGACUGGCCUUCCGUGUCUUUCAUUCCACGCAGUACAUUCGUCACAGCUCCAAGCCCACCUACACACCUGAGCCGGAUAUCUGCCAUGAGCUCCUGGGACACGUUCCUCUGUUAGCUGACUCCAGUUUUGCCCAAUUCUCACAGGAAAUCGGUCUUGCCUCCCUCGGUGCUCCUGAUGAGUUCAUUGAGAAACUUGCUACUGUGUACUGGUUCACUGUGGAGUAUGGCCUCUGCAAGCAGGGCUCAGAGAUCAAAGCUUACGGAGCUGGCUUGCUUUCAUCGUUUGGAGAGCUGCAGUACAGCUUGACAGACAAGCCAAAACUCCAUCCCUUUGACCCGGACAGGACCAGCCUCCAGAAGUACCCAAUCACAGAGUACCAGCCGGUUUACUUUGUUGCUGAGAGCUUUGAGGAUGCCAAAGAGAAAGUGAGGAAAUUUGCAGCCACUAUCCCCAGGCCUUUCUCAGUGCGCUACAAUCCAUACACCCAGAGUAUUGAAGUGCUGGACAACACCAAGCAGCUCAAGGACCUGGCUGACAGCAUCAGUGGUGAAAUGGGCAAACUGUGUGAAGCCCUGCAGAAACUGAAGUAAUUGCAAAUGCAAUCUGGGCCCAAGCACCCUAAAAAUCCCUUCAUUUAUUCAUUAAAAUGUGUGUUUAUUAUUAGGCACUUAGCGAGCUUGCAAGUUAGCUUUCUUUGUAUUAAAACAAAUAUUCCAAAUCAAAUUGGCAAUAUUACUGUAAUCCAAUUAGUAUUUUAGUCGAGUGAGUAAAGUGUAGCCUGUUACUUAUGUAGGAUUAUAAUAAAUGUGUUGAACAGUUAAAAAUGGUACUGUCAAUAUUAUUACAUGCAGUAUAAGUGUUAAUAAGAGGGUUU